UAUUGUGAUAACGGUACGCGAUUCGUGUCGAGAGUCUUUCCGAUUGUCGCCAGUUGUAGUACUCGUAGUCGGAAUUCGAAUUAAAAUCGAAACGCACAUUCGUCGCGCGUGUUUUUUUUUCGCCGUCCGUCGUCGUCGUCGUCGCCGCAUCUCCGCGUUUGUCCGCUGCACAUCCGUUUCUCUAAAUCAUAUUACCCGUCGCCCGCCAGCGCGCACGGGCAGUCGACGACCGUCGGACACCAUCCAGUUCCUCAAAGUCCGUCUCUCUGCGCCUACAGUCUUCCACGGUAAUCCCUCCUUCUCCGAUGGUAUGGUCCCUCCCCAACCCAGACACUCUAGCCCCCUCGGUUGCCAUAUAGCCGGUUUCAUUGUCAUAGCGGUUGACAUUUGAUAAAUCCAUUGUCAUUGAAAUGGGUUUUCGUGAAUGUGCUUUUGUCACGUUUUCACCGUCACUGCUGACUCUACAUCUAUGGAUGUCCGAUUAAGGCAAUCAAGUUUAGCUCUUGGAAUAGAUUAUGAGAAUGAAAGCUUAAUGGUACUUGAUUACAUAUAUUAUAGUAAGAUUAAAGGAUGGGAAAACAGAACAGUAAGUUGAAGCCUGAGGUCUUGGAAGACCUAAGACAAAAUACUGAAUUCUCCGAUGCUGAGAUUCAAGAAUGGUAUAAAGGUUUUCUAAAGGACUGUCCAGGAGGGCAUUUAAGUGUUGAAGAGUUCAAAAAAAUUUAUGGAAACUUUUUUCCCUAUGGUGAUGCAUCUAAAUUUGCAGAGCAUGUAUUUCGAACAUUUGAUGCCAAUAGUGAUGGCACAAUAGACUUCAGAGAGUUCCUCUGUGCUCUGUCAGUAACAUCACGUGGAAAAUUGGAACAGAAAUUGAAAUGGGCUUUUAGCAUGUAUGACUUGGAUGGAAACGGCUUCAUUUCACGCCAAGAAAUGCUGGAAAUUGUUACGGCUAUUUAUAAGAUGGUAGGUACUGUAAUGAAAAUGCCUGAGGAUGAGUCAACACCAGAAAAAAGAACAGACAAGAUAUUUAGGCAAAUGGACAAAAACAAUGAUGGUCGUUUGUCAUUGGAGGAAUUCAUUGAAGGUGCAAAAAGUGAUCCUUCUAUUGUUCGAUUAUUGCAGUGUAAUCAUGCUGUCCAAUAGGACUAGCAAUAUACUGAAUUCGCCUGCCUUUUAACUGAAGUCACAAUGUGUUUGGACCUCUUUUUUUUUUUUUCCUUUAACUUUUAAAUUCCUAAAGAAUUUCAUCUAUCAAAAAGCUUCAA